UUUCAAACCGUCGAAUAGUAUUCUCUUCAGGAUUGAGGUAGAAAACAUAAAACGGUUGUCCGGAUGCCAUCGACAAAAAAAAUUAAACCUUCUUUUAUAUGGAGUUUACAACAUUUCAUGGUUCUCAUCAAACCUUCUUUUCCCAUUCAUCAAGAGGCAAUCGUGUUUGAUUUCCAGCCUGUUAAUCCCGAAAGCAUAGAAGCAGCAAUCUCGAUUUUAUCAAGAAAAUCGAUUCGAGGUGUGGUGAUGCAAAGAAAAUUGAAGAAUGUUCCUAAACAAAGAUGUUGGAUGGUUGGAUCAUCCAAAGGGAAUAAUGCCAUGGAAAUGGCAAUUGAGUUUAAUAGCUCAUGGGUAACUGGUCUUAGAGUUGGCUUUCAUGAUUGCCGACAUUAUACCAAUGGUACUAUUACAAGCUUUGACUUUGGUUUUUAUAACAUAAUAAAGUCUCGUAAGUCUUGGUUUGUUUUCAUCCACAGAACUUGUUGAACAUCUUACCGGAGAAGUACAAAUUGUUGAGCGAUUCACGAGUAGCUACCGCAGUUAGCAUCCACCUCAAGAAUGGAUGAAACAUAUGUUCACUUAUCUACCAAGAUAUAUGGCCAGCAUUUAUAAGUAUCUUGUAAGUUUUAAAACGAAUAACAACACCAAAUGACAAGUACACAAACCAAUAUAACCAACAAGAAACCCAAAACGUAAAUCUUCUAACUUCUUGUUGUUUCCAAACCCCCAAAAUCUAUACAAUAUAUGAAACUAGGUCGGCGCGCCCUACGGGCGGGAUAUUAGUUAACUUGAUAUUCACUAAAUGCUCGAGUUGAAAUUUGUUUUAAGAUUCAAGAAUUUGG